UUCUCUCCUCUUCUGUUAUUCCUUUGGCUCUGAUAUUUAUUUCUUUUAUAUAUUGUUAUAUAUUUGUAUCGCAUCUCUGUUCUUAUUCUGUUUUCUUUUUUUUUUUUUUUCCUUCUUUGAAUUGCUAUAUAUACUUUCUUUGUUUGUAUUUGAAUUGUUCGUUUACAUUGACAGUUGUCACUGAUUGUCCCAUAUCAUUUACCAAAUCGUUCAACACUUUAUUAUGACUUCCCUGACGAUAAAUACCUCUAGACGUCCAUCGAGCAACAGUCUCUUCAUAGAUACCAAUGACGUUCUUCGAGCAUUGGAGAUAAGAAUGCCUCAGUUACUGCAUCAGAUAAUCUAUGAAGAGCAUCGCGCACAGUUGGAGGAUAACAAAGAACAAUAUCGUUCGCUGUGCCAAGAGACGGAUUUCUUACGAAAAAAAUUGAUCAUGAUGAAACAAGAAAUACAUACCUACCGACAAGCUCAAGAACGGUCAGAAUCUCGUAUAUACGCUCAAGACCAAGAGUUAUCUACCGCCAACAAAGAGAUUCAAAAAUUAACACGGCGUAAUAAGGAAAUUGAAAAACGCCUGGAAAGAGAGUUGCAAAACUAUGAAAGCGAUCGGUUGCUGUGGCAACAGCAAGAAUCCGACCUCCGUUCGGAAAUCAAACAGUGGGUCCAACAGCACACCAAUCCACGACGAACGCGCAGUGCAACAGCAUCCAAUGUCACCUGGACAGGGACCAGCACAUCCGCGCCCUCAUCUUCAGGCUGGGAUGACCGGUGUACUCAACGGUUUGACAGCUUGGCUGCUCGCGAUGCCAAAAUCCGCAUUCAAGAACAAUUACUCAGCGAUCUCAAGGCGGAGUUACAGCAACAAAAAGUAGUUGGACACGAGACGGCGAUGACGAUGGAAGCGCAGGCUUCGCAGAUCGAAGCAUUGACACAAGAGCUGCAUGAUAUAAAAAUAGUCAACGCUUCACUGAUGGAAGACAAUGAAGGGUAUCAAUUACUACUGCAUGAAAAAACCAUGGCCGGUGAACUCUUUAAAAGAUCAGAUGACAGCACUUCCUUAGCCGCCGAGCUGGAAAAAGUGACACCCGACAGCACCGAAGGUGAAGAUGAUGUCGCUCACAGUUCAGGCCAUGUCCAGAAACUGAGUGAAGAAAUCAAGAAUUUGCAAGAAUCCAACAAAGCAUUGACGCUGUAUAUGAACAAGAUCUUGCUAAAGAUAUUGGAAAACAAUCAACUGGUCGAUGUUUUGAAUAUUGACGAAUCGAGUGAGAAACCAGUGACCAGUCAGACCGUCAACCCAACUCUUCGCACCACUGUUUCACGUCCAAGACGUAGUACGAUUUCGACGUGGAUGACGCCAAGGUCGUUUUCGGCUAGUAGUUCCUCGGGGGACCAUGCAAGAAGUAACAGCGGUCAAGCGACCAACAGCGGGGGCUGGACACGAGCGUUGAAAAGAAUGACGGUGAUAGGUUGGCCGAGUAAAUCUCAACGCAGCGAUAGUCUAUCUUCGCAUGGUACCAAUAGUCACGAUUCGGCGAUUUCCUCCUGUGCGGAAGAUGAAGAUGAGGAAGAAAAAAAUUCCCAUUCUCAAAAUCUCGAAUUGUGUGGCUGAACUCCGUGAAAGCCAUUCAAACAAAAUCGAACAAAUCGUAAAACUUCUGUAAACUUCUUUUUAUUUCCCCGCAACUGACGAAAGCGUGAAAAUUGGGGAUUGUCCUUUUUUUCGCAUCCCAAAAAAUCAACGAAAAAUAAUAAAAAAAGAAAGGAAACCGUCGAGA